AUGGACUCCCAUACCACCCUGCUCACUGGAGGGUCGGGAUUCGUCGGGGCUACAGUCCUCGAUGAACUCCUCGCGCAGAAUCACAACGUUGUUCUCGCAGUCCGGUCCCCCUCGUCCGCCGAGUCGCUGCUGUCCAACAAUCCGUCGUGGCCGGCGUCGAAAAUCGCCGUGCACGCAGUCCCAGACUUCACCGUCCCCGGGGCCUUUGACUCGGUGUUUCAAGAACAUCCGGAAAUCGAAUACAUCGUUCACGUUGCGGCGCCCAUGGUCGAUAUGCCUGACAGCACCAGCUUCGAGGAGUCGUUCGAGAAGCCCAGUGUCCUGGGCAAUCUGGGUUUGCUCCGCAGCGCCAAGUUGUACGGGAAGAACGUCAAGGCCGUGAGUGUGACGGGGAGCUUGAAUGCAAUCACCCUCGGCGAUCAGGAGGAUAUCAAGAGUAGAGUUUUCGGAAACGAGGAGUGGUUGCCACUGGGCAGAGAGGCCGCGGUGGAAGCGAACAGUAACUAUAUCUCCUACUGCGUUGGCAAAAAGCUCGCAGAACAGGCCCUGUGGAAAUUUGUGGAACAAGAGAAACCUGCCUUCACGGUGACCAACUUCAUGCCCCCCUUGAUCUUCGGCCCCAUGCUGCAGAAAGUGACCGGGGUGGAGAAGAUCAAUUUCAGCGAUGGUCUGAUUUAUGCCAUCAUGAACAGCAAGAACAGUGAGACUGGCAAAGUGCCAGCGACCGCGUUCCCAGGUUGUAUCGAUGUCCGCGAUCUCGCCAAAAUCCAAAUUCGUGCUCUCACGAAUCCUGGGGCAGCAAAUAAGCGGUUUGUGGUGGGCCAUCCUAUGAUCUUCAAUCAGAUUGCCGAUGCGCUGCGGAAGGAGUCUGCAUUGAAUAUCUCGGAUCGAAUCGGUGAGGAUAAUGAUGAGGGUUCGUCUUUGACACUCCCGAGGCUCGAUACGAGGGAUGUAGAUGAAGUGUUCAAGUUCGAGUGGACAGCCUUGGAAGUGACUGUGCGGGACACUGCGGCUGCGUUACUCAAGAUUGAGGCGCGUGGGGCUUGA